GCGGCAGCGGCAGAGGCGCCUCUGAGGGAGAGACCGAGGCGACGUUUCGCGCGAGGGAGCGAACGAAGGAAGGAAGAAGUUUAACAACAACAACAACAGCAACAACACAAGUUCGCCAUGCUUUGAAACAUCCUCCGUCGGGCUGUGAAACAAAAAAGACGGAACUAACAGAGGGUCAUGGAUAAAACGUCGUACAUCGCGGGCCCCUACAGAGCUACUAAACUCUGGAAUGAGGUGACUUCGCAGUUCCGCGCGUCGGUGCCGCUACGUAGGCACCGCGCUGGCCUGCGUUCGCACGCUCGCUGCUUCACGGCGGCGGAGGCGUGCGACAGCCUCCUGUCCGUGCUGCGCGCGCACGCCGCCUUCGGGCACCGCGUCGGGCGCCCGCAGGCAGCCGCGCUGCUGCGCAAGCUGCUCAAGAACCACGUCAUUGAGGACGUGAAGGGACGCUGGGGCUCGGAGGACGUCCACGCCGACGACGGGCGGCUCUACCGGUUCCCGCCCGAGUCGCCGCUCAAGGCGGCGGCCGCUUGCCGGCGCUCUCCCCGCGGUCACCGCCCUCGGGGCUCCCUGGACGGCGCUCGGCAGGAGAAGCGACGGGACGUGGAGGACGAUCGCCGCCACGACAACGACGACGACGACAAGGACGAGGAGGAGGAGGGUCUGUCUCCGCGCCGGCGGCCCCGGCUCGCAUCCGCCCCCUGCCAGAGCUCCGGCGGCUCGGGCCGGCGCAGGAUCACGCGGGCCGCGGGAAUCACCGGACCUCCGCCCCGGUUCCUGCUGCAGUCGGCGGACUGGCGGAAGCGGCACAGCGUCGCCAUCGCCGACGGCGUCGCGGGCCUCGAGUCCGCCGAGGCGGCGGCGGCGGUGGCGGCGGCGGGGACGGCCGCCACCUUUGCCCCCGGCUCGCGUCACAGCGUGGCCGCCCCCGAGCGGGAAGCCGAGCUGCAUCGGCGCAGGGGCACCGAUAGGAGCGGCGGCGGCGCCGUGGUGGGGGCGGCGUUGUGGCCGGCGGCAACAGCACCGGCGGUCUGCGCCGAGGAUGAGUACAAGCGGGACGCGCUGGAGCGGCUGCGGGCGCUGCUGGCGCUGCGCUCCCUCGAGGGGCUGCUGGACCCGACGCUGGUGCACGGGCGCCACCUCGUGCACAACCUGCGCAGCGUGAACCGCCACGGGGUGGUGGUGCUCGCCGACGGCUCCGAAGACCUUCCCAGCUGGGUGCUGUCCGCCAUGAAGUGCCUGGCCACGUGGCCGGCCGGCGAUGCCCCGGGCCCGUCGUACCCGGGCUUCGAGCGCGACGUCUUCCGCACGGUGGCCGACUACUUCCUCGCCCUGCCCGAGCCGCUGCUGGCGUUCCCCCUGUACGGCGUCGUCGCCUACGCCCUCUCGCUCACCUCUUCCUCCUCGUCGUCCUCCUCUUCCUCCUCGUCGUCGUCGUCGCUGACGUCAUCGUCAACGUCGUCGUCGACCCGAGCUUCGUGUUCGCAACCUUCGUCCGCAUCGAGGCCGCCGCCGCCCUCUUACCCUUCGUCGUCUUCGUCCGAGCCUCCUCCUCCGAUGGCGACGACGGCGUCACGGCGGCCGCCACCGCCGCCGACGAUUUUCUCUAGGGCGGCGGCGUCGGCGUGCCCGGCAAAUCCGCCGGCUUCCUCGUCGGCGGCGAACCCGUGGGCGCCGAAGCCCCCUCGGUCGUCGUCGCAGCCCCCGUCGUCGAGAAGUUGCUCGGCGGCGUCAUCGGCGGCUCCUCCUCCGUCGCCGCACCUGCCGCCGCAGCCGCCGCAGCGGACGCUCCCCUCGUUCGCGUCCACCGAGAGCCUCAUCCUGGACAUGUCGCGGUGCCUCGCGUCUCCCGGAGAUGAGGGCUCGGAGGGCGACCGUCGCGACGACGACGACGACGACGAUGACGGGGACGCCGGAGAUGAUGCGGCGAGCUUCCGGGGCAACGGGCUGUACCGCGUGGCCGGCGCCGCCAACCUCAACUCUUCGCUGGAGACGGAGCCGCAGUUCCAGCGCUCGCGCAGCGUGCGCUACAACGCCGGCAGGGGGGGCGGCGGUGGUGGUGCUGGUGGUGGUCUUGGUGGUGGUGCUGGUGGUCUUGGUGGUGGUGGUGGUGCUGGUGGUGGUCUUGGUGGUGGUGCUGGAGGUGGUCUUGCUGGUGGUGUUGGUGGUGUGAGACGCUCGCCGCGCUCGCAGGAGAACGCCGAUCCCAACGCGGGGAACGCGGAAGGUGGCGGCGGCCGCGGGACCACCGCUCUGGCGGACGUCGACACGCGCGUCGCUCUGGCUCUGCAGCUCUGCUGCGCCCUGCUGCCGCCAUUGUCGCGGCGCCGCCUGCAGCUGCUGGUGCGCGUGGUGGUGCGCGUGGCUCACAAUGACCAGCUGCCCCCGCUGCAGCCGCCGAUGGACAACCGCAGCCUGAUGCUGGAGAGCCUGUGGCGCUGCGUGCUGCGACCCCGCGACCCCUCGCGUCUCGACGAGGUUCUGUGUCGCCGCGCCCUCGACUUCAUCGCGCGGAACCACGCGCUGGUGCUGCGGCCGCCCGUGCACCUCCUUGCCGGCCCCCAGCCCCGCGCCGCCCCCGAUCCGGGCCGCGAGCCCCAGCUCCAGCCCAGCCACUGGUUCUGCCGCCAGAUCAGCGUGAGCGAGUUCCGCGCUCAGGGGCAGAGCGAGUCGCGGGCCGCCCUCGUCGCGCUGCUCGACGGCCUCGUGGACGACGGGCGAAUGAGCCAGCGGGAGAAGCAACGCAAGAUCAAGCAGUUCCGCAAGGCGUACCCGGACGUCUACAGAAGCCGUUUCCCCGACGCCGCUGGCUGCUCCCCGGCGCCACCGCCGAGGGCUCCACGCCGGCCUCCUCUGCUCUCCCUCAAGGGGGCCCUUCCCAACCCCUUCAACCGCGUGCGCUUCUGAGCCCCCCCCCCCAACCACCCCCUCCACUCUUCCCGCCACCACCACCCACCGCCACCGAGUGCCCCGCCAAAGCAGCACGCGCCUACGUGAAGAGCGUGGUGGUGGUGGCGGCGGUGGUGGUGGUGGUAUUGGGCAGGGGCGAGGCGUCAACGACAAGCAAGCGGAGACAAGAGACUGGCUCCCGCCACGGGAAUGUGGAAUUUCCGCCGCUGGCUCGGGGCUGCCGCCCGACGGACUGUGGCCGCCGCCGCCGCAGAAACUUUGGAAUUGUAUUUGUUGCCCCUGCGGGGUUAUUUUUCGGGGAUACAGGGAGGCAACGAAAGGGAUUGCAGGCAGCCUGUUGGGGAGUGGAAUGGGGGGCCGGGGGGGGGAGGGUUUGUGGGGUGCGGCUGGGUCUGUAUCCCCCCUCCCCCCAGCUCCCACAAUUCAAUGCAGUAACUCACAGGAGUUUGCUUCCCCCGUAACUUAAUCCUUCCCUCCCAAGUUGCCGUGGUUAUCGGUGCUGCCGUAUUGACUGUUACGUACGCGUUGGGCUCGGUGGUUAGAACUCACCGGACUCGCAAUGUCGCCACAGUGGUUAGGAGAUGUUAACUCCCUCGCCCGGUGUGCAGGAGGUCGUGGGUUCGAUCCCGACCCUGACGCCUGCUGCUGCUGUAUACUUGGAAUUUGCGUGUCUCUCAUCAUCAUCAUCAUCAUCACGGUGGCUAGGAGAUGUUAACUCCCUCGCCCGGUGUGCAGGAGGUCGUGGGUUCGAUCCCGACCCUGACGCCUGCUGCUGCUGUAUAUUUGGAGUUUGCGUGUCUCUCAUCAUCAUCAUCACGGUGGGUAGGAGAUGUUAACUCCCUCGCCCAGUGUGCAGGAGGUCGUGGGUUCGACCCUGAUGCCUGCUGCUGUAUAUUUGGAGUUUGCGUAUCUCUCUCUCUCCCCGUGGUCGCGUGGAUUUUUCUCCGGGUCCUCCGCUUUUCCCCCCCUCCACAUUUAGAAUCGACGUGCGUUUGGAGUACUCGCGUGCCAUCAAUUUCCACGCGACGGUGAUGGGCCACUUUUUGUUGAGCCUAUCAUUUGCGGUGCCCAGGUCGCUUCUGAAAAAGAGCGACGUCGCAACUCGUAAAAUUUGUUUUAAAAGAAGGCAGGGGCAGAGGUCGCAAACGGGUUUUGAUUCCUUACCCGUACCCGGCCGCACCAGGGUCGCAAACGGGUACCCGUACCUGUAUCCGUACCCUACCCAUACCCGGCUGGGUACGGGUAGGGUACGGGUAUCGGGUACCUGAUUGCGACCUCUGGGAUGAAGCCAUGUUGCAGGCGUGGGUGGGUUGAUUCUAGGAACUUGAAUUGUGAGAAGAGACAAGACGUUGGGAAAUGAGUGACACACGGUGACUCACCAGUGACUCACGGUCUACCCGUACCCAGCCGCACCAGGGUCGCAAACGGGUACCCGUACACCCGUACCCGGCCGGGUACGGUUAAUCGGCUAUCGGGUAGGGUACGGGUAUCGGGUACCCGGUUGGGACCUCUGUGGCAGGGGCAGUGCAAAGGUGCCGAGGAAUGUGUGACCGUAGCAGAGGUCACGUCGGGGUCACGAAAGGGCAGGGGGGGGGAGGUACGGGAAGGAGUGAAAG